GCACCAAUCCCCCCGUCUCACAUAAACGACACCCUCUCGGCAGCAGGAUCUGUGAGCCCCGCUGUUUGGCAGGCUGCGGUGCGGACUCCACGAGCGGCACACUCGAAGGUGAUGGCACCCCGAUGGUGAGCGUAUCGUUCCCCGCCUGAGAGGCCGUCUGUGCAGGUGCCGGCCGCUGCACCGUGGGCUGAGGAGGGGGCCUUACCCUUACCCGUCUCCACCACUCAGGAGGAGGAGGAGGUACCGGCAGCUGCGCCGUAGGCUAAGUAGGGGGAGCGUCGGGGUCCUCCAUGUUUGAAGUGUCGCCGAAGGCGCCCAGCGGGAUGGCGUCUUCUGAGAAAUCACGCUCCAGCCUCCUGCAUUCAUGACACAACAAGCAGGAGGGACCCACAGGUGGUGUGAAGUGUGUGCUACCUGUCUGGCUGUGGUGUGUGUCUGUGUGUUGCAUGCUUACUGGACGGUCUUCUCGCCCCAAACCCACACCAGCCAUUGCCGGUGGAGGGCAGCUGACCGGUCGGCGUACUCCUGCGCCUUGUCCUUGAACUCCUUCUUGUGGUCGGGGUGGACGCGGUUGGAGUCGCCGUCGAGCCAGCCGGCGAGUUCUUCUAUCUCUUCGUCGCUCAGUCGCUGGAUGCUGCACACGCGGCCUCUUGGUUGCAGCUCCCAUGACCGAUUGAGGCGGGCGAGGGCUGCACGCACACGGAGGUAUGUCUCGUCGGGGUCAAACUCCCUCUCAUUCUCAUACAGAUCCGGAGGUCUCGGCACGCUCGGACCAACACCCAUCGAGGCAGACGCAGAUCACCAGCAGCGAUGCAGAUCGAUCAGCGAUU